GACUACUACAAAACACUCGGCAUCGACAAGAAGGCGACCAAAAAGGAGGUCAAGGCGGCCUACCGGACGCUCGCGCUCAAGUGGCACCCGGAUAAGAACCCGGACGACCGCGCGGCCGCGGAGCAGAAGUUCCGCGAGGUCGCCGAGGCCUACGAGGUGCUCUCCGACGACGAGCAGCGGCGCCAGUACGACUCCGUCGGCGGCAUCCCGGGCUUCGGCGGCGGCGGGCGCGGCGGGCGCGGCGGCCCGUUCGGCGGCGGCUUCCGGAACGCCGACGACAUAUUCAAGGACUUCUUCGGCACGAGCGACCCCUUCGCGGACUUC